CACUGCAAACAGUUUGGGCCAUCGCACGUUAGUUUAGUCGACACACGCGCGCGGCGCGGUCGUCCUUAUCACGCACGCCAUCUAUCAGGCAUUCGACUGAAACUCGUACAAACUCAUGUGCAUUAUAAUACAAGCCGCAACAAAAUUUAUGAAAUAAAAUGUGCAAUAUACAGUGCCUGCUAGCUGUUUCCGCGUUAUUUGUCGGUCUCGUUAAUUCCUGGGAUAUAGCAAUCACCGCUGGAGACCAAAUAGAGUUCUACACGAAUGAAACGAAAACAAGCGAGGCGGGCUUGCGUUUCAGAGACCUCUCAGCGCUGGCCUACGACGCCGUCCACAACAUGCUACUCUUCGUGGACAAACAGAAUGACAACGCGUCCAUAUUCAGCUACCAACUAGCCAAUAAGAAAUACCAGUCUCUGGUCAGAAGGAGGUCCGACGAAAACAUUCAGGGAUUAGCCUUCGACCCCGUCAAAGGACUGCUGUUUUGGACAGACGCGAAUGAAAGGAGUAUUUUCUGGAUCUCUUUGAAGGACCGCGCUAACAAUGAUCCGUACGGGAAUUUACUGCUGAAGAUGAAUGAUGACAUUCCAAGGGCAAUUGCUGUCGACAGUUGUAGAGGAUACAUCUAUUGGACCAACAUCAAUAUCACUAGGCCCACAAUUGAAAGAGCUAGAUUCGACGGUUCAGAGAGGACUGUGAUCGUCGACAAAAACAUCUACUCCCCAGUCAGCAUAGCUGUCGACUUGAAAACCCACAAACUAUAUUGGUUGGACGACAGAGAAGGCAUUCAUUACUCCAUCGAGACUUCUGACCUCGAAGGCAAGAACAGGCAAACCCUUCUAGUUGGAACACAUCACCGACCAAACGCUUUGACCAUAUCCAACGAUGCUGUUUACUGGAUCGAUUGGGGUUACAACACUGUUUGGAAGAUACCAAAAGAUGCACGCAAAGAUACCGAGCCAAAAGAAAUAGUGAAUUUCGUUGACAGAUCACCAUUUGUUGGCAUUGUUGCUAAUUAUACUAUCCAAGAUCAAAUAAAUGGAGUACAAGGUUGUGAAAACUUGGUAACAAUAGCCGAAAACAAAUCGGCUAUCAAUGAUCUCAGCACGUUCAAAAUUUCGCCAGACGAGGGUUUGUUCUGUCUGCACGGAGAGAAACUGAACGGGAAAGCGUGUAAAUGUUCUCAGGGGUAUAAGGGAGAUCGAUGUGAUGUUUCUUUAUGUCACAAUUACUGUUUGGAAGGAGACUGUAGUAUUGGAACCGAUGGGAAUCCUCAAUGCAGGUGUAACAAAGGAUUCAGCGGGGCGCGAUGCCAAUUGAACGUGUGUGAUAACCACUGCCUCAACAACGGGUACUGUUCCCUGGAUUCGAAGGCCGAACCUGUCUGCCAUUGCCCAGGGGAUUACGAAGGGGCGAGAUGUGAAACACUUAAACCUAUAACGACAUUGCAACCAGAAACGUGCAAUUGCACGAAACAAAACGCGGUGUUUCUAUCGGACGGGGCUAACGAGAUCCAUUACGUGGACGUGACGGGAUGCGACUCCUCGUGGGACGCCGUGCGGGACCCCGUCAUCAUGGUGCUGGGCAUCGUCUGCGGCUUGCUCUGUAUCACCAGCACCGUUCUGUGCACCAAAGUUAUGAAGCUGAAGAAGCGCCCAAGGAUAAAGAAGCGCAUAAUAGUGAACAAGAACGUGACGCCAAUGACGGCGCGGCCGGACCAGUGCGAAAUCACGAUUGAGAAUUGUUGCAACAUGAACAUCUGUGAAACUCCUUGUUUCGAACCAAGAUCGACCAUUAGGCCAACGUUACUAGAUUCUAAGCCUGGCAAAGAAGAGAAGAAGAACCUUAUCAGCAACAUGGAGUAUCCCGAAGACUAUUGAACGUUAAAUUCGAGGUUACCUUCAAAUGAUACCUAUAAUAUCUAUGAAACCUAAACUUUUUGGCUCCAAAAAUAAUGAUAAUUUAUCGAAUUAAGUAAACUUACAUCAUAAAAUUUACGAAAAAUGUACUUAUCCUAUAUUGGCUUCAAUUCCUCACUCUCCAUCAAAAACUAUAUCUAUUAAUAAUCUAAAAAGCAAUCAUUUGUAGUAACCUCAGAGGGUUAAAGUUAAUCCAAAUGUCUACCCAAUUGUGAUAUUCGAUGUAGGGUAACGUUAACAUGAUAUAAAGUUAUGUGAAGGCUGUGUUGGUUCCUAAGUUUCCUGGGAAUAUCGUGGGAUGAGUAGAUAGAUGCUAAAAUUAGCAUGGAUUGGUACGGAAUAAUAACAAUGUGCCUUUUAAAACGGAACUUAUUUAAAGCAAUAGACUAAACGGCUUAAUACUUUUUGCCAUAACUUAUGUUUUUGUUUCAAUCCAUGAAACUGGACAACUUUCGUCAGGAAUUAUUUUGAAGAACUGAACUUUCAGAAAAAAUAUGUUUUCUCAACAUAUAAAUACAAUAUCAAUAAUAAAAGUUAUAGAUUACGUACCUAAUGAAGCUGAAAUAAAGGUUUGAGGCGCCUAAGAGAAGUUGAAAAUUUAAAAACUUAUUUCUUGAAAAGUUGUUCAGUAUAUCAGACGAUAGAAUAAAAUUAAAAUAAUUUAAUUUUCCUACAUUUCCCAGUUUCAAUCGUAAGUUUGCUCUUUAUUAGUUCAUAAUAGUGAGUACCUACAUAGUUACCAAACCAUGAUGAUUUUACCUAACAUUUUAGAUAAGAUACCAUUUUUCGUUAACUAUUAUAUUUUAAAAUGGGUUUUCUAUGGGAAUGGCGAUUGAACAAUAAUUUCAUCUGAAAAUUACUAUAAUAAGUAACAAAAGAUAGGAUAAGAAGAGCAUUUAUAAAAAAUAAUAACCUAUAAUAUAAAAAAAUAGUUAAUUUAGCAAGCAGCUGUCUGUGCCCUAAAGUUGCGUUGAUUUUUUUAUUUAUUGAUUUUCGUUGAGUUUUAAUUUAAGUAUGGUUAAAGCUACUUAACAUUUUAAAUUGAUUUAAAUAAUUUAUAUGCCAAAAUUUUAUUGAAUUAUUGCAUUAAUUGCCCAAACAUUUUUACCCAGAUAAAACAAUGUUUCAUCAACAUUUUAUUCGAAGAGGUACCUAUUACUGAGUUAUUUUUGAAAAGUAUUUAUAAUAUUUUAUCUCUUAUAAAAAAAAAUAUUACAAAAUGAUUAAAAUCAAUAAUCUUUUUUUCGUACCUCUUCAAUUCGUUACCGGUACUGUUCCUAUUAAAUUUGUGUUCAAUCAAAUGAUAUAUAUAUAUAUAUAUAUAUAUAUAUAUAUAUAUAUAAACAUACGUAUAAAACAUCAGAUGCGUUCUUCCAAGUUUUAUUCAAAGACUUAAACAGUGAGUGAAUUAAGUGGGUUGUAUGAAUGAAAUUUAUUUAUUAAGGAAUUAUGGCAAACGAAUACUUGCAGAAACGCGGCGUUAGAUACAUAAUAUUUCAAUGUUAUUUUAAUACGUUACAAAAAAAUCAACAUAAUACAAAAUAAGUCGACGUAUGCGAUGUAGGAGUUAUAAACAAUAUGAAGACUAUAUGUAUUUAUAGAUAUUUUUGUAACAUAUUUUUGAAUAAGUGCAACUGUGUUGUUGAAUUCUAAGGUGCCUCGUUUUUACCAUUUGUUUUUACCAACUUAAUAAAAAUAGGAUAAUUAGAUUGUUAAUUUGUUCCUAUGUAAGUAGUAAUUUUUCAACAGGCCUACAUGUUUAAUAUUAUUUGAAUUUAUUAUUUAAAAGCACCAAUAUUUUUAAUAAUUUUAGCUUGAAAUGUGCUAGAAUGAGAGGAUAAAUUAAUGAGUACUAGGGAUAUAUUUUUUUAAUAAUUUAGAAUCUCAGUUUUAUAACAUCGACACGACGCAUACGACGUUUAAUAUUUUGAAAGUUCGUAGAGUGCCGGGAAUUGAGGAUUUUGAAUUAAGAUUUUCCCAUUCCGUUUUUUGGCUCACUUGCAAUCGUAGUAGUAAUAAAAAAAUCCUUAAUCUUUUAACAUACUUAUAUUCUUUCCAUAUUUUUUAAAGUAAAAUGAGAGGCACUUAUAAAAUUCAACUUAAUUAAGUACGUUUAAAGUUCUUUUUUAAUCGCCGUGUUUUAAAUGGUGGUCUCAGAGCUUUUUUAGAAUUUUAUCAUUGUGAACUUAAAACCUUAUAAUGUCGACGCAAGUUUUUUAACCUAUUACUAUUACCUAAGUAAAAAUACUUAAUUGCAUGUCGGUUCCCGAAAAUAUUUGUUAAUAUUUUUAUUUAUUUAGUGCAUGAAACAUAUGUUACUUACACAACUGGUUAUAUACCGAUCAGUAUAGUAAUGGUUAAUGCGAAGAGACCUUCCAAUUUUAUGAUAUUGUUUCACAAGAAUUAAUGAUUUAGCGAUUUGCGCGCACUCUUACAAUCUAGUACAACGGAUUUUAGUUAUUUUGUAGAAUUUGCAACCUCAUGUCGCCUAGGUCAUCUGGGUAUAAAUGAAUAGCUAAAAUGUGGGUAGAAGCAACGUAAUGCACAAAACGCAAAAUCAUGGAGCCGUUAAAGAAAGAAAGAUCGGAGAUAUUCAUUGGGUUACCUAUCAUGUUCUGGAAAUCUUCGAUAGAAUUGUGCACUUAUGUUGAUUUACCUAAAAUUAUAAAAAAAAAAUGUAUUAGUCUUUAGUCCUGGAGACUUUGUGUAAAGCGUCGCUUAUCGUUACGAGAAGUAACAUUCGCGAAUGCAUUUUAUAGCUACCUACUUAUACAUAGGUAAUUUUUAGUUCAAACAAUAAAAUGUGCUAAUUGUUAAUAUUUAAUAUGUAAAACCAGUAUCUAGUAAUUCUACUGAUGGAAUUUCAAAUUUAUUUUAAACUGUCGACCAAAUACUUAGAAAGGUACUUAGCCAAGUAGACCGACAACUUAGUGAUAGGUGUUUUUUUUUUAGUUUUUUAGUCUUAAUACGUGGAUUGAUAAUAUCCACAUCAGAAAUGUGAUAUUAUUGAGUCUUUAUAAAAUAGGGAGAAAAUUUUUAAUUAUAAAAUAAAGUGCUUUGCAAUAUUA